CGCCGUCGCCGACGUCGCCGACGACCGGGGAGACGCACGUAGUCUAAACGUGAGACUCGUACCGACGUCGUCGUCGUACUCGCCGGUAGUCGUACGCUGUUUUCUCCGAGACAACCCCCACGGCUCUAGGGUUCCUCACGCCGCUCCAACUUGGGAUCCGUCAAGGUUAACUGAGUACCAGUCCCGGUUCGUAACCAGACACCGAAAAGAUGGCAGCGUUCGUCGCGAAGCAGAUGGUCGGCAACAAGCUGAACGCGGUUAAAGGAGCCGUUGGUGGCGAAGGCGGAGACGAAGAUGACAAGGAGAAGGAGGAGGAGGCCGAGAGGGAAAGGCAAGAAGCUAUCCGGGAGGCUGAAGAGCGAAGGAAGGAGAAGCACCGCAAAAUGGAAGAGGAACGGGAGAAGAUGCGACAGGAGAUCAGGGACAAGUAUAACAUAAAGAAACGAGAGGAAGUGCAGGAAGCGACCCAGGAGGAGCCUAAUCCUCUGAUGCGUAAGAAAAAGACGCCGGAGGAGCUGGCCGCGGAAGCUGAAGCGGAGGACGAGGACGAGAUUACCAAAAUCAGGAACGCGUUAGACACGCAUAUACAAGACAUCAAAGCGCAAGUACUGGAAGGUAAAUGCGAACUCCAAUAAGCCUACCUGCACCCCAGAAGCGGUCGGUGAGCGGCGGCGGUGGCACCGUGUGUCGCCGGGCCCGCGUCCGCAUCCGCAUCCGCCUCUCAGCCCCUACGACACCACGCGGAACGACGGAACAAGAACGAACCAGACCCGACCACGUGUCGAGAAAGCCGAGGAGAAAGGGAAACAACGAUCAAACGACAACCGGGAAUACGCCAGCGGCAACGACAACACCAGCGACAGCGGCAGCGCUUCCUUUGUCCCCGUCUUCGUCGUUGCUCGAGCAACGAUCGAUCCCAGAUUCCGAUUGACUCGUAGAAAACAAGGGAAACGAAACGCGGAAACUGGAAACACGCGGCGAGAUACUCUCCGGUGUUCCUUCAGGAUUCAAUGUAACGAUCUUCGAGGAUCUUCGAAGAUUUCGGACGGUUUUAGGGAUGAUAUUAGAGAGGAAUCUUUGAAGAUGGUUUUAAGGAGAAUUUUGGGGAGGUUUUGAAUGGAAGGGAUAGUUCGAUGAUUGUAGAGGAUAUAGGAGAUUCUUUGAGAAUGGACAGAGGAAUUCUUGCCUAUUCGAAGGCAGAGACUCGUUUGUUGGAAUGGAAGAUGAAAUUGACAGAAGGUUUGGACUUCAAGGUUUGGUUGAAGGUGGAUUUGGUAGACACCGGGAAUUGUUGAAUGGGAAUGAGUAAGCUAUGAGUUAAAAGGAAAUAAGGGAGUGGAUCGUUUACGAGUACAGUGGGAAAAUCGAGGGGAUUGUUCGAUGAAAGUUCGAAGAAUGGGAAAGAGAGAGUGAGGGUUGAGUAAAAGGAGGAAACCGGAAGUCAUCGACGAAGACCGGACGAAGAGAGCUGCAAGACAGACGCUAGGACGAGGAAUGAUCGUUUGCGCCCUACGAUUCGAUGGACAAAGGGGAAACCAUCAAGAAGCAGAUCGACGAAUAAACGAAGCGAUGUUUUCGUUGAUGGGUCGCGUCGAAAACGAUCGCAGCAACGAAUGGAUCGAAGAGUUAUGGAUCGUAAGAAGACCGCGGCGCGGACGAGACACGUGAGCAGUCGAAGGGCGCGUGCAUAUAAAUAUAAC